UUAUACUAUAUUACACCUCUUUCUUCUAUAUCCAACUAUUCACUUCUCCUGCAAAAUCUAUACCAGUAGUUCAAGAGUUAAUCCACAGCAAAAUGGGCAGCCUUCCGUUCACUACAUCCGAUCUUCAAACGAGCACAAGUGGGGUUCCGAGUAGUCCAACGCUGCUAUGUACGCCAUUGAUGGGAACAACAGUGGACCAGAUGUUCAUUGAGAUGCGAAAAGCCAAGGAAAUUGGUGCAGACAUUGUUGAGAUCCGCCUCGACUGUUUGAGAAACUUCAAUCGCCGCCAAGAUCUUGAAAUUCUUAUUAAACAGUCUCCCCUGCCCACUCUUGUCACUUAUAGACCAAUUUGGGAAGGAGGUCAAUAUGAAGGUGAUGAAAACAAGAGACAAGAUGCACUUCGUUUGGCAAUGGAACUCGGAGCAAGUUAUAUUGAUGUUGAGCUUGAGGUUGCUCAUGACUUCAACAUGUCAAUUUCUGGAAAGAAGCCUGAUAACUUCAAAGUCAUUGUUUCUUCCCACAAUUUCCACAACACACCAUCGGCCGAGGCUAUUGGCAAUCUGGUGGCAAGAAUACAAGCUACUGGAGCUGACAUAGUGAAGAUUGCAACUACUGCAUUAGAUAUCACUGAUUGUGCACGCAUUUUCCAGAUAAUGGUGCAUUCUCAAAUUCCAACAAUUGGGAUUGUUAUGGGUGAGAGGGGUUUGAUUUCUCGAUUACUUAGUCCCAAAUAUGGUGGAUAUCUCACUUAUGGUGCACUUGAGGCUGGUGCUAUUUCAGCUCCUGGCCAACCAACAGCAAAGGACUUGCUGGAUUUAUACAACUUCAGACUUAUAAACCCCGAUACUAAAAUCUAUGGCAUUAUUGGGAAACCUGUUGGCCACAGCAAGAGUCCUCUUUUAUUNUACAUAUAA